CUCCCCUGGAGGCGUGGGUUCGAAUCCCACUUCUGACAACAAUGUUUUUUUCCCCCCAGUAGGCGAACAGCUGACGCGUACUCAGCAUGAAGACCAAAGGCCGUUUCAUACCUCACGGAGAGUAUAGUACAGAAACAACCAAACUAGCAAAAAUACAUGACACGAAAGUUUUACAUCUGGUCGCCGCAGACAAGUGGCCAAACUGAGUCAACGACAGCAGUACAAAAAUGACUGUUGAGAAGUGACAUUUUUAUGUAAUCAACUCUUUAUACUGAGAAGAAAUGGCGGAUUUUCCUGGGAAGGUCAACACGCAGACCAGCCCCAGUGAACCUCAGAGAAGUUAUGGAACCACAGCAAUGGCGGACAUGGACUUCAUCAGAAGUAUUCCUGGUAUCCUACUUAUAGUUGAGAUUUUUGUUGGAUUACUGGUGUGGUCGCUGAUCGCCAGCACCAGCUACACCUUGCUUCCUGUUUAUGGUUGGGUGAUGUUUGUCAGCGUGACGCUGUGGCUCCUGAGCAUUGCCCUGUUUGUUGUGCUGUUGUUGAGGUUUUAUCAGAGUCUACCCUCAGUGCCCUGGCCUUUAGUGCUCAUGGUGUUCUAUGUAGUCGCAGCUGUUCUAUACGUAACUGCCUUUCUGGCUGAUGCAGUAUCUGUCCCACCCCAGUGGUAUCCCUGGCAUGGUCAUCUAGGAGCUUCUGCAUUCUUUGCCAUAGUGGUGACUCUGUUAUACGGAGCUAGCAGCUACUUUGCCUAUUUGGACUGGAUGGGUGAAGGACAAAACGCAGCGGCGAGUACAGUGCCUGUGUAGACCAUCCUCUGACUGACAUUCUCAGUCACUAUGUGUGGAGACUUCGAAGGGGAUAUUACUCAGAUUAUUUGGCACUGCUGAAAAUCCUCUUCAGGAACGUCCAACAACCCUUCUGUAUAAUGGUGCCCAGCAAAAUUGCUUGAUGGUUUAUAACAUGGACAUUGUGUGUAUGCUUAUGUGCAGCAGGCGUGAAUGAAAUUAAUUAUUUUACUUAGCAAGGACGCAUUGAUUUGAUCAAAAGGGACAGUAAUUACAUUUAUAAUCUUACAAAAAAAAUAUAUUUUUAAAAAAUGCUGGUAUGGGAUCGAGAAAGGUCUGCAAGUCGGGACUUGAACUCUGGAUGCCUGAAGCGCAAUGGUGCCGCAUGUCGGCACACUGCCCACUAGGCAAUCAGUGCAUAGAAACACUAUUUUAAAUUGCAGUAACAUUUCACAAUAUUAAAGCUUUUAUUGCAUGUUUACGGUGGCUGGGAGAGCUCGACGACGUGCUGCAUAUGCAAACACAUGCAAAUAAAAAAAGCACCAGCAAAUUAAGAAUACAUGCAAAUGCUCACAACACAAACAAAGAAACGCGCAAGUAUCAAAAUAAAAAUAGACCAAGGUUGUUGUUUUUUUGGCAUAUUGAUUACCAUUUGUAUAACCACAGUUGUACAAAUACCAUGGUCAUACUAUGGUUAUUGUAGUAAAUCCAUGGUUAAUUUGUGCAUGGUUACCAUGGUUUAACUAUGGUAACCAUUUUUUUUUAAUAUUAUUAAUAAAUUAAUUAACUUUAAUUAUAAAAUCAUAUGUUAUUGCUUUUUUUGUAAGCAAAGUAAAUUAGCCAGCUUACAUAAACCUUUCACAGUUACACUGUGCAUUUCAUCAGCUUAUUUAGGCUAAUAUAUAUAUAAAAGCUAAGAAAUCCUAUGAUCAGGAUGUUUAAAUAAACUAAAAUCUCACCUUUCAGAGCAAACAUUGAUAAAUGUUUGUCACUUCGCCGUUCCUUUAAACAUUUCUAAGGUGGCCCAUUUGCAGCGUGUUUCUAUGUUUGUGUUGCAUUUGCAGUACGUGUGUUGUCAAAUUGAUGAAUGUUUUCUUAAUUUGCAGGUGUUUUUUUAUUUGCAGCACGUUGAGCUCAGUCGGCCACCGUAUAUGUUUGAUCAAAUAAAUGCAGCCUUAGUGAGCAUUAAGAGAUUUUAAAAAAUAAAUAAAUAAACAAAAAUACACAAAUCUUUCCAGCCCCAACUUUUAGUGUACUAUUUUUCUAAGAUACACUAAAUGACUCGAGCAACUAUGCAUUCAAGUGGUGAGGUUCUUGCAUUAUUGUAAAGUUAUGCUUAAGAAUGUAACUGUUUUGAGCAUAAAAAUGCUUUGAUAAAAUAUAAUUAAAAACCAA